AUGAUAGCUAUCAUGUUUAUCCUGACUGUCUGUAUUGUGGGAGUAGCCGUGGCAGGAGUUAUCUAUCUCCGUCAGAUCUACUCAGCCUUCAGCAAGUAUGGAGUCAAACACAUCACCCCGUUACCUUUGGUCGGGAACAUGGGCAAGCAGUGCCUAGGCUUAGAGCACUUCGCGGAUCACAUAACAGGAUUAUAUAAAAAGUUCCCGGAGGAAAGGUUCGUCGGAAGAUUUGAAUUCGUCAAUGAAUUGGUGGUCCUCCGAGAUCUGGACCUGAUUAAGCAGGUGUUCACUAAAGACAUGGAGUGCUUCGAUCACCGCUCGCCCUUUAGUGAAAGUGAUUCUUUCUUCGGCAGAAAUCUGUUUGCUUUAAACGGUCAAGAAUGGAAGAAAAUGCGGGCUACAUUGAGUCCGGCGUUCACUGGCUCCAAGAUACGCAAGAUGGUACCUUUCAUAAUGGAAGUGGGAGAUCAAAUGACCGCAAUGCUGAUGAAAAAGAUGAAAGAAUCGAAAACUGGCUAUAUCAACAUUGAUUGUGAAGAACUCACAUCGAGCUACGCAAACGAUGUCAUUGUCUCCUGCGCUCUUGGGCUUAAAGUUGAUUCUUACAAAGAUCCGGAAAACCCGAUUUAUGCAAGAGGCAGGGAAUCUGCAACUUUUGGCUUUCGCGAAGUGUUCAUGUAUUUCCUGAUUUCAAAUCUGCCAUCACUAGCUAAGAUCUUUGAAUGGGAUAUCCUGUCACAGAGCUGUAAAGAGUUUUUCAGGAACAUAGUGUUAGAUGUUAUUAAAGACCGCGAGUUGAAACAGACAGUCAGGCCUGAUAUGAUCCACUUGCUUAUGGAAGCUAAGAAAGGUAAAUUGUCAGAAAACACGGUGAAAUCGGAUGAAGCAAAUACUGAAUCUGCAAAGUUUGAACAAUCUGCUAUCGCUACAAGACGAACGGAAUAUGUUUUGACUGAUGACGACAUUAUUGCGCAAAUCUUGCUGCUCUACCUUGAAGGCUUCGGAACGGUUUCUAUAUUGAUGAACUUCUUGCUAUAUGAACUGGCUGCUAACUCUGACAUCCAAGAUCGACUGGCUAAGGAAAUAAAAGAACAUCACGCUCUUAAUGUUGGCAAAUUGGACUACGACUCUCUGAAAAGUAUGCCGUAUCUAGACAUGGUCAUAUCAGAGGUAAUAAGACUGUGGCAUCCAUCUAUCAUCCUAGACAGAGAGUGUAACAGAGAUUACGACUUGGGUAAACCCAACAAGGAUGCUGAUAAUGAUUUUAUUAUCAAGAAAGGAACCAAGAUUAUCAUACCAAUUCACGCUAUACAUCGUGAUCCUCAAUACUUUCCUAAUCCUGAAAAGUUCGAUCCUGAGCGUUUCUCCUCGGAGAACAAAGAUAAAAUGCAUUCAUCAGCAUAUAUUCCUUUUGGAAUCGGACCGAGAAAUUGUAUCGGUUUAAGACUCGGUCUAUGCGAAAUGAAAGCCAUAACGUACCAGAUUCUGCUAAAUAUGGAAAUAUUACCAACGGAGACAACUUGCAUCCCUGCCAAGCUGUGUCCCAGCUCUCUAAGCCUCAAGUUGGAAGGUGGACACACAUUAAGGUUAAGAUUAAGAGCUCACACUUGA